AUGAGAGAUGAAAUUGCAGCAGCAGUUUUCUUUGUCACAAGAUUGGUGAAGGAACAUGAAAAACUGAGUAAAGAGAAAAUAGAAAAAUUUGCAGAAAAGCUGAUGACAAUCAUGUUUGAAACGUACAGAGGUCACUGGCACCCUGGUUGCCCUUCUAAAGGGCAGGGCUUCAGGUGUAUCAGGAUAAACAAUCAGAAUAAAGACCCCAUUUUAGAAAGGGCUUGUGUCGAGAGUAAUGUGAAUUUUUCUCACCUGGGGCUUCCAAAGGAGAUGACCAUAUGGGUAGAUCCCUUGGAAGUGUGCUGUAGGUAUGGUGAGAAAAACCAUCCAUUUAUAAUUGCUUCUUUUAAGGGCAGAUGGAAGGAAUGGGAACUAUCCCAACAAAUCAGUUAUGCUGUUAAUAGAGCCACAUUAGACUACUCCUCUGGUACUUCCUCUGAUGAAGAAAGUUGUAGCAGGGAACCUCGGAUCAUUCCUAAAGUCAGCAAUCCGAAGAGUAUCUAUCAGGUUGAAAACUUAAAACAGCCCUUUCAAUCUUGGUUCCACAUCCCUCGCAAAAAGAAUGUGAUGGAUGGGCGUGUGGGCCUCCCAUGGAAUGUUCCUCAUGCCUUGCAUAAGAAUCUUAAAUGUUACAGGCCUGGCGUUGGGCACCGGGUGGACAGGUACCACUGGGUCAACACAAAACGCUAG